AUGCUUUACCCCAUCUCCAUCCUCCUCCCCCUCUACAUCUAUCCCCUACCUCUCGCCUGGAACUGGCUCUUAACAACCAUCCCCCUCUACCCCUCCAUAACUUACACUCUCGUCAUCAACCCAUCCACCGGACCUGGCGCUUUCAAUUCAUUUCCUGAUCCCAGCUACAUCGAUGCCAUCGCCUCCCUGAAUGCAUUUGAUAACGUACAGCUAUUGGGAUAUGUAGAUACGGCGUAUAUGCAUCGAUCUGUUGAGGAAGUUGUUUCCGAGGUAGACACUUACAACCACUGGCAAAGCAACCCUUCAAAAGAUAUCCACAUGCACGGCAUCUUCUUCGACGACUGCGUCUCCAACUGGAACGCUAGCACCUCUCAAUUUAUGUCCACCAUUGCCACCUCCGCCCACCAAGCCAAUCUCACUGUAACAUUCAAUCCCGGUGUUCUUGCCGAUCCCGCAUUUUUCUCUCUCGCAGAUAACAUCUUAAUGAUUGAAGAUGCAUAUAAUGUUUCUCAAGCAUUACCGAGUAUUGAUUCAAUUCCCCCAAACCAACGUUCCAAAUCUUCAGUGAUAUUCCAUCAUUUUCCCGGCUCGGCAAGCGAUCAAUCGACUUUUGUUAAGGAAAUCUUGAAAAAGGGUAUUAAUUCGCUAUACAUCACUACCAAAGAUUAUGUGAGCCAAAGUGAUCUCUGGACACAAUUUCUCGCUGCCGUAUCCGCAGGUACAAGUCUUACUUAA